AAUAAGGUCCACAGAUACUAAGAUCUUGGCCAGUACCGGACCAUUACCCCUCCUGACACUUUCAUUUUGGAGUGCCUAAUGAGCAAUCCGGAACCCAGUGUCACUGGGAGACAAGAAGAACAAGACAAAAUGGCUGUAACAUUCGCCCUCAAAGCAACACUGCGCAAAACCAUGCUUCGGACGCUCAAAGGCAUGAGUGAUUCCGAGAUUGAUAAGCAGUCCAGAGACGUCUUCCGUACACUGCUUGAUCAGAACUUUUUCAAGAAAGCAAACUCUGUUGGGUGUUAUCUCAGUAUGGCACAAGGUGAAUUACGGACGGACUUGAUUGUAGAUCAUCUUCUCAAACGAGGAACUUCACUGUACACCCCAUACAUCCCUGCGCCCCCUUCUCGAACCCACAACCCUUCUGCCCCGUCGCUCUCCAGCCCAUCAGCAGAACAAGAUAUGCGUAUGCUCAGACUGUAUUCCACUCAAGAUCUAGAAAAUUGUCCUCUAGAUAGAUGGGGGAUCGUGGACCCUGGGGUAGAGAGGAGAGAUAUGGACAAAUCUUUCCGGGAGGAUGCUAUGAGCCCGAAAGCCCCCCCAAUGGACUUGAUCCUCAUUCCGGGUGUCGCAUUCGAUGAAGAAUGUAAUAGACUUGGCCGAGGUAAAGCCUAUUACGACCGCUUUCUUCAAUCAUACACCUCCACGCGUCCUCGUCCUUUACUCAUGGCUAUUGCACUCGAGCCGCAGAUAUUACCUCAUGGGGAAAGAGUUCCCACCUGGGACUGGGAUUUUCAGCUCGACGGGAUUAUCUCACCAUCCGGCAUCGUAUGGAGAAAAAAAUCGGAAUAAUCAAAUUGACCAAAUGAAUUGUCAAGGAUCAGGGCUAUUAUACCAUAAUGCUUGCCUCAUUGGCUCAUGUAUUAAACAACGUCGACUGCAGACGAUUAUGUUUCGGAAUUGAUCUCGGCA